AUGCCCUCGUUCAAGCUUGUCCUGCAGGCCGCAGCCACCGCCGUAGCAGCAGCCGCAGCCGCAGCCGCAGCCGCAGCCGCCGUCGAAGCCCCCAUCAAAGGCUACGCAGUCGCCAACCUCACCUGGCAAGUGCAAGUCUUCCCCGGCCAAACCCGCAACCUCAGCGGGCCCAUCGACCAGGUCCGCCGCCAGGCCCUGCAGCUCAACCCCCGUUUCGACGAGCACAAGCGCGGCGACUGGUGGGACGGGUUCCCCCUGGACAUUGCGGGCUACGACGUGCCCUGGAAGACCAUCAAGUGCGGGCCCGGCCCGUACAACUGGGGGUACCACAAGCUGGACAAUGACUGGAAAAGGGGCAUCAUGGAGGGCGUCGGCUGGAUCUGGAGCCAGGACAAGAUGGUGCUGCCGCCCGAGCUGGCGGGGGGGUUCGGGACCUGCGCGCAGGUGCUGUGCAAGUCGGGCGCGGGGAUAUGGUGGUGCAACGACAACCCGUUCAUCAAGACGCUCCGCGGGUACAAGGACCUCGCGGCGGGCGCGGCCAGGGUGAUUUACCAGUGUGCGGUGCAGGACGACAAGGGGUGGUGGACGGUCGGGCAGCAGUUUGCAAAGGACAACUGGAACGUGAUUGUGCGGGCGCAAGAGUGCUGA